AAUGAGUCGUUUGACGACUCAGUCCCGCGCGCCAGAGCCGGCCACUGCUCAGUAUCCAUCAGUACCCGACUGUACGUGUGGUCCGGUAGGGAUGGCUACCGGAAAGCCUGGAACAAUCAGGUCUGUUGUAAGGACUUGUGGUAUUUGGAGACCGAUAAGCCGCCGGCGCCCACGAGAGUGCAGUUGGUUAGGGCGGCCACCAAUACGCUGGAGAUCUGUUGGGGAGCUGUUCCGACGGCUGACUACUAUCUGCUGCAGAUUCAGAAGUACGACAUCCCUCCCAAUCAACAGCAAACCCAAUCGGCGGCCGCCGGCGCUCACCCGCCGGGCAUUCCUUUGGCCAAAACGCCGAUCGCAGUCACGCCUCCCGUCACUCCACUCGUAUCACCCAAAGGUGUUCAGAACGCAACGCCGAGUGCACCUGUUAUCGUAUCCCACGGCACGCCAAUAGCCAACGCACCGGCCGGUCAGUUGUCAGGUAUGGCUGCGUUGGCGGCAGCGGCGGCGGCCACGCAGAAAAUGGCGACACCGACGCUCCAACCCGUGUCCACACCGGCGACCACACCGUUGACGCAAACGGGUAUUCGAGUGAUUACUCCCCAGCAGUUGAUUCAGACGACGAGCGGACAGACUAUUAAAUUGGCGUCGGGUUUACACCGACGCUCCAACCCGUGUCCACACCGGCGACCACACCUACAGGGCGGACAGCAGGCCAUACGGCUUAUAACGCCCGGCCAGUCGCCUAUGGGCGCCAAACAGAUUAUAGUGCAAAAGGCGGGACAGGGCGGCACUGGUCAGCCCCAGCUGAUGACGUUAGUGAAGACGGCACAGGGCUUGACGUUAGCGCCGGCCGGGGCUAAGGGUAUCGGUUCGGGACAAGUGGUGAAACUCGUGGCCUCGCAAGCCGGCGGCCAAAAAGGCGGAACGCCUACUAUUAUACAGGCGUCGCAGUCGCAGUUGAUUCAGAUGGUCAACACCGCCACCAACGCGACGGCCGGUCAGAAAGUUAUCUCAACCAUCAUGAAGACAAUGGGCGGCACCGUAUCGACGGAUAGUCUGCCAAAAACAGUGAUGAUAUCAACGCCCAAAACAGGCGGCACGACUCCGGGCACCUCAACGCCCGCUAAGAUUGUAACGGGACCUCAAGGCGUCAAAAUGAUUGUCGUUCAGACCCCCCAGGGAGGUCAACAGCAGCAGAUUAUUAUCGGUGGACAGGGAGGUCAACAGACUGGUCAACCAUUCACUCUGCAGUUGCCGUCUUCGCUGUUAACGUCCGCCACUGGAACCGGCGGUACGAAAACGAUUACAAUCCCGGCGUCGGCUCUGAAGCAGGGAAUGGCCGGCGCGGGUCAGAAGAUAGUGUUAGCCCCGGGAUCCUCAUUACCGCCCGGCGUUCGUAUAGUACAGGCCGGCGGCGGAAACGCGACGACAGCCGGCGGCCAGCGAUUAGUCUUCCUAUCUUCAGCGCCCGGAACGACAACCACCGGCACUAUAAUCACGAAACCGGCGACCACUCCGACGACUACCGCGACGGGAGGCCUCGUGAAGACCGAGGCGUCGACACCCAAAAAGAUACCUCAAGUGGACGGCGCGGACGACGAGAACGAACCCGAAGACACCAAACCAGUGGUGACGAAGGCGUCGAAGAGUACGCUGGAGUCGGCGCUGUUAGGACAGGGAGGAGGCACUCCAUCCACGACUAGCGGUUUGAAAGUAGAAAUGCCGGGCGCGGCCCCUCCACUGCAAAUGCUGUCCGACGAUCCCGACCCUCCGUCUGUCAAAACGGAGACAAAUACCGAUUCCGAUCCGUUGGCAACCCUGGCGUCGGCCGCCAUUUCCUCGGCCGUCACGAACGGCGUUCCCUCACUGAAUACCCCUAAGCCAGUGGUGGUGAAGCAACCCCUGAAGAAUAAGAACCAGUGGUACGACGUGUCGGUGCUGAAGACCAAUCAGUGCACUGUUCAGAACUUUUUGAUGGCACCGGAAGGGCUCGAUAGACGAGAUCCCGACGCUGACUUCGACUCGAAUACAGUACCAAACUUUAACAGUUAUAUUAAGGCGGAACUGGAGCCGGGAACGGCCUAUAAGCUGAGGGUAUGCGCAGUGAAUGCGUGCGGUAGAGGCGCCUGGAGUGAGAUAUCGGCGUUCAAGACGUGUCUACCCGGCUAUCCGGGCGCCCCGUCGGCCAUCAAAAUAACAAAGAGCACCGAAGGGGCGCACCUGUCGUGGGAGGCGCCGCAUCUGACGUCCGGCGAGAUAACCGAGUAUUCCGUGUAUUUGGCGGUGAAGUCGGCGCAGACGGGCGCCGGCCAACAGACAGUAACCUCGAACCCCAACCAAUUGGCGUUCGUGAGGGUGUACUGCGGUCGCCAGGCGUCCUGUACGGUGGGUAACACCCAUUUAGCGACCGCCCACAUCGAUUGCUGGUGGUUUGGCCGAAGGCCUAGCGGCGGGCGUUACUCUUCCCGAUGCCUGGCCGGUGAGUUCACGCUACCGAAGUCCUGUGCCGGUUGCGCCGCGGCCGGCGGUUUGGGCCGGGAUAGAGGGCGUCCACUGCCGCCGCCGCCAAUGAACAUACCGCAAAACGGGCUAAAACUGAAGCACAAUAGUAGUGACAGAAGUAUUGAAAUCGCAAACCAAACACUUGUAUUGAUUAUCGCAUCGAAAAACAUCGCUAUAAUUGUUAUAUUGUAUUCAAACCGGAAAUCGACUCAUAAAUUACUUAUACAUAUAAAUAUCGGUUAUAAAAACGCGUUCAUUUGUCUUCAGAAAUAUCAUUCAAUGUUUUGAUUAUUUCGUUUGAUUUCUGAAACUUUUUUGAUUUGAAUAUAUUUUCCUAAUUAAUAAUAAUUUGCUGUAUUUCUAUGAUUAGUUUUAUCGUUAUUUUUUGUGACUAUUGAUUGAGUUUUACUUAUACAGUACACUGUUUUUUGUAUACCCAUUAACUCAUUAACUGGAAUCGACCCC